AUGCUGGCGGGAGCUUUGAUCCAAUCAGGUCACUCGGUACCCAAUUCUCUCAAACGGGGACAAGUUAUCAGAAAGUUUGCAAAAUUUAAUUUUCUCUUCAUUGAACGACGAGACGUCCUAGUUAUGAUCUCACGGCCUAAACGCCAUAGCCAGUCAUCAAGUAGCAGUAGUCAUAAAGAAGUACCAGUUAUCAGGAAGUACCAGUCAUCAGGAAGUGCCGGUCAUCAGGAAGUGCCGGUCAUCAGGAAGUACCGGUCAUCAGGAAGUGCCGGUCAUCAGGAAGUACCGGUCAUCAGGAAGUGCCGGUCAUCAGGAAGUACCGGUCAUCAGGAAGUACCGGUCAUCAGGAAGUACCGGUCAUCAGGAAGUGCCGGUCAUCAGGAAGUACUGGUCAUCAGGAAGUACCGGUCAUCAGGAAGUACCGGUCAUCACGAAGUACCGGUCAUCAGGAAGUACCGGUCAUCAGGAAGUACCGGUCAUCAGGAAGUACCGGUCAUCAGGAAGAAGUACCAGUCAUCAGGAAGUACCAGUCAUCAGGAAGUACCAGUCAUCAGGAAGUACCAGUCAUCAGGAAGUACCGAUCAUCAGGAAGUACCAGUCAUUAGGAAGUACCAGUCAUCAGGAAGUACCGAUCAUCAGGAAGUACCAGUCAUCAGGAAGUACCAGUCAUCAGGAAGUACCAGUCAUCAGGAAGUACCAGUCAUCAGGAAGUACCAGUCAUCAGGAAGUACCGAUCAUCAGGAAGUACCAGUCAUCAGGAAGUACCAGUCAUCAGGAAGUACCAGUCAUCAGGAAGUACCAGUCAUCAGGAAGUACCAGUCAUCAGGAAGUACCAGUCAUCAGGAAGUACCGGUCAUCAGGAAGUACCAGUCAUCAGGAAGUACCAGUCAUCAGGAAGUACCAGUCAUCAGGAAGUACCGAUCAUCAGGAAGUACCAGUCAUCAGGAAGUACCAGUCAUCAGGAAGUACCAGUCAUCAGGAAGUACCAGUCAUCAGGAAGUACCAGUCAUCAGCCAGUACCAGUCAUCACGUCAUCAAGAAGCAGAAGUCACCAAGAAGCACCAGUCAUCAAGAAGCAACAGUCAUCAAGAAGCAACAGUCAUCAAGAAGCAGCAGUCAUCAAGAAGCAGCAGUCAUCAAGAAGCAGCAAUCAUCAAGAAGCAGAAGUCAUCAAAAGGCAGCAGUCAUCAAGAAGCACCAGUCAUCAAGAAGCAGAAGUCAUCAAAAAGCAGCAGUCAUCAAGAAGCAGCAGUCAUCAAGAAGCAGCAAUCAUCAAGAAGCAGAAGUCAUCAAAAGGCAGCAGUCAUCAAGAAGCACCAGUCAUCAAGAAGCAGCAAUCAUCAAGAAGCAGCAGUCAUCAAGAAGCACCAGUCAUCAAGAAGCACCAGUCAUCAAGAAACACCAGUCAUCAAGAAGCACCAGUCAUCAAGAAGCACCAGUCAUCAAGAAGCACCAUCAUCAAGAAGCACUAGUCAUAAAGAAGCAGCAGUCAUCAAGAAGCAGCAGUCAUCAAGAAGCAGCAGUCAUCAAAAAGCACCAGUCAUCAAGAAGCAGCAGUCAUCAAGAAACACCAGUCAUCAGGAAGCACUAGUCAUAAAGAAGCACCGGUUAUCACGUCAUCAAGAAGCAGCAGUCAUCACGUCAUCAAGAAGCAGCAGUCAACACGUCAUCAAGAAGCAGCGGUCAUCACGUCAUCAAAAAGAAGCAGUCAUCAAGAAGCAGCCGUCAUCAAGAAGCAGCGGUCAUCACGGCAUCAAAAAGCAGCAGUCAUCAAGAAGCAGCCGUCAUCAAGAAGCAGUAAUCAUCAAUAAGCAGCAGUCAUCAAGAAGCAGCAGUCAUCACGUCAUCAAGAGGCAGCAGUCAUCACGUCAUCAAGAAGCAGCAGUCAUCACGUCAUCAAGAGGCAGCAGUCAUCACGUCAUCAAGAAGCAGCAGUCAUCACGCCAUCAAGAGGCAGCAGUCAUCACGUCAUCAAGAACCAGCAGUCAUCACGUCAUCAAGAAGCAGCAGUCAUCACGUCAUCAAGAAGCAGCAGUCAACACGUCAUCAAGAAGCAGCGGUCAUCACGUCAUCAAAAAGAAGCAGUCAUCAAGAAGCAGCCGUCAUCAAGAAGCAGCGGUCAUCACGGCAUCAAAAAGCAGCAGUCAUCAAGAAGCAGCCGUCAUCAAGAAGCAGUAA